AUGGCAAGCCAGGCGACCCCCGCCGGCGAUCACAACCUCGACUCUCAACCUCCGCCCGCCGACCAGAGCCACGACCACAACGGCCUCCGCAAUACCAGCACCAACAGGUUCGUCAAUUGUGUGAACAAGACCGUGGCACAGUACACCGAGGACGCGAGGCUUCACGCCGUCUUCGAGCGGGCGGCCCGAGAGCCUGGCAAAACCUUCGAUUACACGCAGUGCUUGAGAACGAGCAACGAGCUCGUACCGGAGCAGGAGAUCUCGGCCUACUUGUCGAAGAUGCAGCGUGGGGGGCUCAUCCAGCCCUUCGGCUGCACGAUCGCCGUCGACGAGUCGGACUACCGAGUCAUAGCCUACUCGGAGAACGCGCGCGGGUUGCUCGGCUUAAUGCCUCAGUCGGUCCCGAGCCUCGAGAGGCCCGAAAUUUUAGCUAUCGGGACGGACGUGAGAACGCUAUUCACACCCUCGAGCUCCGCCAUGCUGCAGAGGGCAUUUAGGGCUAAAGAAAUUACGCUGCUAAAUCCACUUAUGGUCAACUCGAUGAUUUCCGAAAAUAUUGUCCAUAAUUAUCUGAUCUGCCAUCUGUUACAUAAACCUUUUUAUGCAAUUCUACACAGGAUAGACGUAGGGGUGGUGAUUGAUUUGGAGCCAGCCCGGCCCGAGGACCCGGCCCUCUCCAUAGUAGGGGCCGUGCAGUCCCAGAAGCUUGCUGUAAGAGCCAUUACUGAAUUGCAAUCGCUCCCUAGUGGUGAUUACAGGGUCUUGUGCGAUGCGGUCGUGGAGCAAGUGAGGAAGUUGACCGGGUAUGACAGGGUCAUGGUCUACAGGUUCCAUGAGGACGAACACGGUGAGGUUGUGGCCGAGAGCAGAAGGCCCGAUCUCGAGCCCUACAUUGGGCUGCACUACCCCUCAACUGACAUUCCUCAGGCCUCUAGGUUCCUUUUCAGACAGAACCGGGUCAGGAUGAUCGUGAACUGCAAUGCAGAGCCUGUUAAGGUAAUUCAGGACGAGGCACUGAUGCAGCCUUUGUGCCUGGUGGGCUCCACCCUCCGGGCCCCACACGGCUGCCAUGCUCAGUACAUGGCAAACAUGGGGUCGAUUGCUUCAUUGACUCUGGCAGUCCUUGUCAACGGAAAUGAAGAGAAUGUGGUUAAGGGUCUAAAUUCCAUGAAGCUGUGGGGUCUGGUCGUUGGCCACCACACAUCCGUCAAGUAUGUUCCUUUCCCACUACGUUACGCAUGUGAGUUCGUAAUGCAGGCUUUUGGGCUCCAGCUCAACAUGGAGUUACAGCUAGCGUCACAAUUGUCCGAAAAGCGAGUACUGAGGACACAAACCUUGUUAUGCGACAUGCUCCUUCGUGAUUCGCCGACUGGGCUUGUUACGCAGAGCCCCAGCAUCAUGGACCUCGUCAAGUGCGACGGGGCUGCUUUAUACCACCAGGGGAAAUAUUAUCCUCUGGGGGUCACGCCCACCGAAACACAGAUAAAUGACAUCAUUCAAUGGCUGCUGGAGAUUCAUGGGGACUCGACCGGUUUGAGCACGGAUAGUUUGUGUGACGCUGGUUACCCGGGGGCAGAAAUUCUGGGAGACGCCGUUUGCGGGAUGGCCGUUGCCUAUUUCACGAAAAGGGAUUAUCUGUUUUGGUUCAAAUCGCACACAGAGAAAGAGAUCAAGUGGGGUGGGGCCAAGCAUCAUCCUAGGGACAAAGAUGACGGCUCGGACAUGCACCCACGCGUGUCGUUUGAGGCCUUUCUGGAGGUUGUCAAUAGACGGAGUUCCUCUUGGGAGAGUGCCGAGAUUGACGCGAUUCGUUCGCUGCAACUGAUUUUGAGGGACUCUUUUAUAGAUGGUGAUGGCAGGAACUCGGAGGUGGUUGUGAGGGCCGCUGGAAGUGGGGAGGUGGAUGGAUUUGUAAUAGAUGAGCUGAGUUCCUUGGCUAGGGAGAUGAUUAGGUUGAUAGAGACUGCAACUGCUCCGAUAUUUGCCUUGAGUGUUGAUGGCCUUGUGAAUGGAUGGAACCCAAAAGUUGCUGAGUUGACCGGGCUUUCCAUUGAGGAGGCCACAGGGAGGUCAUUUGUUCGUGAUGUUGUCCACGAGGAGUCGGGAGAGGUUGCCGCCGAGCUACUGGCUGGUGCUCUGAGAGGUAGUGAGGAACGAAAGAAUGUGGAAUUGAGGUUGAGGACAUUUGGCUCUGAGGCCAGCAAGAAUGCCGUGUUCAUUAUGGUCAAUGCUUGCUUGAGCAAGGACUACACAGAAAAAGUGGUUGGUGUCUGCUUUGUGGGUCAGGAUGUCACCAGCCAGAAAGUGGUCAUGGACAAGUUCAUUAACAUUCAAGGUGAUUACAAGGCAAUCGUACACAAUCCUAGCCCUUUGAUUCCUCCGAUAUUUGUUUCAGAUGAGAACACUUGCUGCUAUGAAUGGAAUGCUGCCAUGGAGAAGCUCACUGGAUGGCGACGGGAGGAAAUAAUUGGGAAGAUGCUAAUUGGGGAGAUAUUUGGAAACUGUUGUAGGCUCAAGCGUUUAGAUGCAAUGACGAAAUUAAUGAUGGUCUUGCACAAUGCAAUAGGAGGCCAGGAUACCGAGAAGUUUCCAUUUUCUUUUCUCGAUCGAAACGGGAAAUACGUGCCAGUUUUACUGACUGCAAAUAAGAGGGUGAAUGCGGAUGGCCAGAUUGUUGGGGCAUUCUGUUUUUUGCAGACCACUGGUCCUGAACUACCGCAAGCUGCUGGGGUUGAGAGUACAACGGAGAAUUGUGUUUCAAAGAUGCAAGAGCUGGCAUAUAUUGUACAGCAGGUAAAGAAUCCAAUGAGUGGUAUACGUUUCACUAAUUCGGUCUUAGAAGCUAUGGAUUUAACUGAGGACCAAAGACAACUUCUCGAGACGUCUGUUGCUUGUGAGAAGCAGGUGUUGAGGAUUAUGAAGGAUGUUGAUCUGGGUAAAAUUGAGCAUGGUUCACUGGAGUUUGAGAAAGCAGAAUUCGUACUAGGGAAUGUGAUAGAUGCUGUUGUUAGCCAAAUAAUGUUAUUGCUUAGAGAAAGAGGCCUGCAAUUGAUGCAUGAUAUACCAGAUGAAGUCAAGACACUAAUGGUCUAUGGCGAUCAAGUUAGAAUUCAGCAGAUCUGGGUGGAUUUCUUAUCAAGCAUGGUUCGUUAUGCACCUUCGCCAGAUGGUUGGGUAGAAUUACAGCUGAGGCCAAGCUUGAAGCAAGUCUCUGAAGGACUAACUAUUGUGCACAUCGAGCUCAGGUAA